AUGUUCAGUCCUGCGGCGGCUUUGCUGCCGCUGGUGCUGGUCCUGUGCACGGCCCGUGCGGUCACUUCGUUGCAGGAUCCACCAACAGUGGUCCCAGCACCCCACCUUGAACUGUCCUUGUUCCAUCAUGAAGCGCUUCCCUUUGGAGCUUUGACCACACGCGCACGCCGCCGCCGCAGCUACGAUGAGGCAGCAGGCCUCAUGGUGCGCCUUGAGGCCCUCAACACGACCUUGGAAUUAGAGCUGGAGCAGAACCAACAUCUCUUCCAGCACGGCCUUCGCGUCUUCGAGGUGGGCGCCGACCGUGAGCUCAAGCGCAUCGCAAUCGACCAGGAGAACUACCUUUUCGGCCGCGUUGUUGGGCAGGAGAGUAGCUCUCGCGUUUGGCUCUACAUGGAUGGAGACCACAUUCAUGGCCGUAUUCAGCUCGCCGAUGACACUAUUUAUCUCGAGCCCAGCACCUUUCACUACUCGGAAGAUCAUCUCCAGCUUGUCGUGUACCGCAAGUCGGAUUUGCGGCCCGAUGGCUGGCGAAUGGGCCAGAACGCCUCGUCCUUUUGCGAUUGUGGCCAAGAUCAUCUCUAUCACAAUCAUUCCGCUCAAGCUGAUCCCGGCCAUGGCCAUGACCAUACACAUGAUCACGCGCAUGAUCAUGCCGAUCAUUCUCAUGCUUCAGACUUGCACAACGCUGCCGCAGACAACGUGGACCCAUGGCGCGCCUACUCGCUCGAGCCCGAGUCAACCGCCAAGCCGGCAGACAUACCACCUCGACCUCGGCUGCAGCCCCCUCGUUCUCGCAGUCGCCGCAACGAUGCGUCCUCCACCUACAACACCUGCACGGUUACCGUUGUGGCCGACUAUCGCUUCUACACCCACCACAGCUCUUCCUCCGCCUCAGCCACCUCGUCCAUGCUCAGUCACAUUGACGAGGUGGACACAAUCUUUCGCGCCACCACCUUCAACUCGUACUCAGGAUUGGGCGUUGCUGUCGACACUGUCAUUAUUGAAACCACCUCAGCGUCGGACCCCUUCUCAGGCAGGAGUACAUGGCCUGUCAGUGACAUGCUCAGGCAAUUUUCCGAAUCAUAUGAUUUUUCGGACACAUGCCUGGCUCAUCUUUACACGCGCGAAGACUUUGAUGGCGGGACCUUGGGUCUGGCUUGGGUCGGAUCACCCGACUCAAACCGCUACGGUGGCAUUUGUUACAGCUCUUCCUCGCAGUCGCUGAACACCGGUUUGACCACAAACAUCAACUAUGGCAACACCAUUCCUUUCGCAACGACCGCUCUUGUCUCUGCACACGAGAUUGGCCACAACUGGGGCAGUUCACAUGACACCAGCACUCAGUGCGUGCCAUCCGAUUCUGAGGGUGGCAAAUACAUCAUGUACGCUGUGGCCGUGGACGGCAGCGACCCCAAUAACGACAAUUUUUCUCCGUGUUCUACCGCCAGUAUCUCCAGUGUUAUCGCAGCUAAAGGCGACUGCUUCAUCGUGCCUCCUGCCGGUCGUUGUGGCAACUCGCGCCUCGAGCCAGGGGGCCGCGAUGGAGACACUUCUACAACGAACGACAAUGAAGAGUGCGAUUCCGGCGGCACUGCCGACAAUUGCUGCAACACAGAGUGCAAGCUCAAGUCAAGCUCCUACACCUGCUCGCCGGCUAACGACGAAUGCUGCAGCCCAUCCACAUGUCGCGGCUUCUUGCAAAGCGACAAUUACACGUGCUUUGUGCCGUACGACUAUGAUCCUCAAUGCCGUGCCUUGGCUGUCUGCACUUCCGAUGGCAGCGGCGAACCGGCUUGUCAGUCCCCCAUCCCGGCCAAGCCGGAGGGGUCCGUUUGUGGCAAUGGUGGGCGAUGCACGGGUGAUGACAACACAGCACUCACAGAGCGGUGCAUCACCUUUUGCGAGCGCUUUGGCGCCGUUAAUUGCACAUGCUCAGACGAGGAGGAGGAGUGCUCCACCUGCUGCCAACAUAACGAUGAGUAUAGCCAAGCAGAUUGUGAUAAUCCCGCCAACUUUGACAGUUUAUGUGGAUGUCCCUUUAUCGGACAAUCCACGUGCAUGCCUGCCAUUGACCUCAUCGCUGCCCUGGAGAGCGAUUCGCGUGGUCUUCCCUCGCACUGCUAUUUGGACCAGCCUCCGGAUACCUCGAGUGCGUAUUCGAGCAAUCCGAAGCUCAACCCCUCAUGCUCAGGCGAUAGUUGCCAGCGUAUUAUGUUUCAACUGUCCGGUACCAUUUGCAGCUCGGGCUACUGCAACUUUGCGGGUAGCUGCGAGACACCUGACACGGGCACUGCUCGCUUUUGGAGCAACAUCGGUGACAUCUCCAUCGAUGACUUGGCUCGAUGGGCACGAGAGAACAUUGUGGGUGCUACCAUGAUUGCCGUGUUCUUGCUGUGGCUUCCAAUCUCCAUCUGCAUUUGCCGUUACGAUCACAACCAACGCAAGAAGAACGUGAACUAUGGUACAAAGGUGAAUGUGGGAGGCACGAUGCGCCACCAUCGCAAGCAUGGCCAUUCUCAGCGCGGCGGCAGCCAGCGCGCCUCGACGCGACGCAAGGCUCCGGGCAGUUCGACCAGCGUUGUGGCUACGGCAGGCCCGAAGGACCCGAGUCGACGCAAACAGGGCAGUGGUGACCGUGCGCCUCGCAGCGCAGCAGCAGGCAAAACUAACAAAUCAAGCAGCAAGCCGACCCCACCUGCCGGGGCCACGACCAGCACAGCAACCCCUUCGAGCAAGACACCUGCUGCUGCUGCUGCUGCCCCUGCAGCUAGCCAGCCCAAGGCGACCAGCGGUGGUGCUCUUCCAGGGCGCGAGCCUCGUGCGCAAGACCGUCAGCCUCAGAAACAGGACAAGCCCAGCAGCUCCAGCCGGGACCCCUAUGCCGGGCGCAGCCGCCAAGAUCCUCGAGCGAAUGCGCGCUCGACCGGCGCAGCCCCAGCGACUGCCGCAGCAGCAGUCGCAUCUGUACCAGCUACUGGCCCCUCUCGAGGCGGUGAGCAGCCUUCGCAGGCACGCAACUCCGGGGCGCCCAAGAACCAGCGAAGCGGGCAGGCGCGCGAUCCCUAUGCAAAGCGGGAGCGUCGUGCAGACCCAUAUUCACAGCGGCCACGCGAUCCCUAUGCUAAUCGAGACCGCCGCACAGACCCACGCACUGCAGCUGCCACCUCUGGCGCUGCCAGUGGGCGUCAACUGCCUGGCCGGCCUCAAGGCGCGGCGCACGGCACCCCGUUGCGGAGUAACGGUCAGACACCGGCUGCCUAUGAUGCUCGCACUCCACGUGAUGGGCGUGGCGGACGCACACCGCUGCCUGCACAGUACAAGCGACCCGAGCAUCGUGGUCCAACAGCGGGCACUCGGCAGCGCACGGAAUCUCAAGUCGAUCUGGCUCGCCAGCAACAAGAGCGCUCGCGCGCUUAUUUGGAGCGCAAGCAGCAGCAGCAGCAGCAGCAGCAGGUUCGCCGGCCAUCGUCCGGCAGUAGUUCUGGUGCCCGGACGCAAUUUGUGUAG